CAAUAAUUAAUCAUAAUAAAUAAAUAUUAUAUGCAAACAACAUUAGUUAAUAUCAACAAUCUAAGCAAAAAGAUAUGAAUACAUAUAAAUAACAAUAAAUCUUAUAUUUGAUUGAAUUUGUUCAUCAAAAAUAUAAAUCUUUUUUUACACUGGAACAUAUACGCCGUAUUUAAACAUUUUUUAAGCGUAUAUUAUAAUAUUAAUCUCUAAUAUUCACCAAUUAUAAUAAAUUUAAUAAAUUUUUUUUUUUUUCGUUUCGUUCAAAAAGUGAAUUCGAAGUCAUGUGUACGCGCAAUUAAUUUGAUUACAUCGUAAUGACAGUAUAAUGGACAGUAGGCAACGGAUACACGUUCAUAGGAGCGGAAGUCAAGUACACACAAUCAGGAUCGGAAGUAAUUCCAGCGGUCGAACUCUGUGAUGGUAUUGUUAGUCGAUCUGCUGAAUAAUAAUUGACAUUCGGUAUAUUUACAUUGUACGAUCGCAAAGUGUCAAUAUCUUUCCGGAUGGGAUGGAAACGUCACUCGGUAGCUUUAACUCCGUGACAUGGUGUUCGUUCAGUAUUUGUCGUGAAUCUAUGCCCAUGACUUCAUCGUCGUUCCAGAGAGAAUGGGCUGUGCACCUAGCAGAUCAUCGUGCAAAAAGGGUGGUAUUCGAUUAAUGGCCACGAGGCUUACUUUCACCAAAGGUCAGCUGUGCAAUCUGAACACAUACUUCCGUAAACUGGUCGACGAGGCUGAAAACGACGUUUCUAACGCCUUUGCGAUCGAAGCUACCGUGGAAAAAUUGGUUCAACGUUUAAUGCGGGGCGCAAGCGAUCUCGAUCGAAGAUUCUCGUCCAUGUUCCUCGUCUCGUUGAACGAGCCACGACGAAUAAAGCGACUCAAGUUCGAGUAUCUUUUACGGAUAGAUGCAUUAUCGGCCUCGAGUUCAAAUCCCGAGCAAGAAUUCGGUUCGAGCGUGCGCGUCGAGGAGGAUGCAUCUUUACCAGGCUUUAUUCAUUUAAAGAUACUUGGGAUAGGUGCUAAGGAAAUUUGGAGGGAAUACGUAGACGUUGCGGGAAGGUUGAGAAGGGAUCUCGUAAAAGCGAGAUUGGCAAAUUUAUUAGCCACAUCUAUCAAACAAGAUACCGCCACCGAUACGGAAGACGACAGAAUUUGCGUUUCACCUGGUCAAGUAGUCGAGGCCGAUAUCCUCGAUAAGAUAUUGAAACAGCCGGAUCAUUGCCGGAUAUUCUACGGGCCAGGUAUUUCGGACGAAUCAUUGCCGAGGAGGCGUGAUCGAGUGGCCAUGAUCGAAGACAGCGAAGGGAUAUUGCUGAGAAUCGGCGUGGACGGUGUCAAGUCUCGCGAGGUCGAGGUUAGACUGUUAAUCGGGAUCGGGUUGUCGUCGUGGCCCUGUUUAACGGAUUAUCCUCAACGAAUACCCCUCUAUCAUUGCGAUGCUCUCCUUCAUUACACCGCAGCGCAAAGCGGUAUGUACGCGGUGGCCGUUGGCCCGUGUUCCGGCGCACGUUGCGAGAACCGAGCAACCCUCUGGAGGGUACGUGUCCCGGCAGCCGAGAAAAUUAUGAGCCAGCACUACGCCUCCGACAGCGUGCCUUCCCUCACCGAAUCCGUGCUCCUCGAAAUUUUGUACCAGUUACGAGAAGGGCGCAGUUUGAAUUUAUCCACGAAGCCGAAGGUGACGCGGGGAAACGGUGCACCAGAGGUGCGUUUACGAGUAAUUUCCAGACACAUAUUGAGAACCGUGCACCGUUGGAGGCUGGAAAGGGGUGGGCCGGAUCCGUUGACGAGCUGGGCGCCGGAUACCCUCUCGCGUCACGUUCUAUUAGCGUUGGACGAGUUGGUCGCCGCUCUGAAAUGCCAGAACUUGAGGUGUUACCUUUAUCCGCGCUGCAACGUGAUGCUGCAAUGCGUGAGAGGUGGGACACCGCAUCGAGAAGAUUCUUACGCCUCCGAUUGCCGUUCGUUGGAAUCUUACUUGGAAGCGCUUCAUUCUUACUCCUUCUCGAUAACGCGUGGCGUUGCCAGGCCCCUCGACCUCAUGGAGAACGAACUUAUCGCUAGAUGGCGCGAGAUCAUCGCCUCGCCGCACGGGAGAGGAUCGAGCAUCGACGAUUGUCACGGAUACAGCGAGAGGCAAUUCGGCUAUCUGACCACGAUCGUGGGGCAAGCUUUGGCCGCUAGGGAAGCUUUGUUACAGGACAAUUCGGAUAAUCGCAGUUGCUACUCGAACUUGCCGGAACUAUCGUAUUGCGCCACGGAACAGGUGGAAAGUCUCGUGUUCCUGUUGAGGCUGGUCUCGACGCAGGCUUGGGAUCAGAUUCACCCGGCAACGGAACGAAACAUUCGAAUCCACGAUCACGGUUGCGCGAGGAGGAAGAGGCAUUGCAACGCGACCAGCCAAUUCGACUACUCGGUUGGACUUUUAGUCGAUGCCGUUAGGAAGGAUCGAGAAACGGUUAACACGGAUUUGGAGUCGACGCCUGUGAUGACCAAGAUGCUUCUACACUGGCUACACUUCGGCAUGGAGAACGAUCGAAAGAUCCUCGACCCUGUUCUACGUCCGUAUUUGAACGAUCUUUUCAACGGUACGCGUGAGCACGGUUGGUUGGCCACCUCCUGGAAGAGGAGGGAAGAACUUUACCGGGGUGAGAUGGGAUCGUUGUCGAUGUUCUGCAAAUCUGUCGUGACGGAGGAAGUUACACCCGGCAUCGGAAUCGUGGAUCAUUUGUCCAAGGGGUGGCGUUGGGCCGAAAGUAUGGCGGGGAUGAUCGAACGUUCGGGGAAUUCUUUGCGGCUGAUUUUCCUUCCCGGAGACAGAGCGAUCAAAUUCGAUCUAACGUUCGCGGGGAACAAAGGGCCCAGCUCGUUCUCAACGUGGAGCAAGGUUAGAAGUGUCAGCACGAUCGCGAGGAGGAGGAGGAGCAUAUAUUCCAGAGCCAGCGAGUUAUUCGAUUCCCUGACGGGAUCGCAAAGAGCGCCUGACUACAAUAAUGGGGUUGCAGGACACAGGGAAUUGAGGGAUGCCAGCCCUUUGACGUAUGUCGCGUCGAUGAGCAGAUCUCGAGCUCGCCACCGCGGCCCCGGCGAUCUAAUCUCCGCCAUAGUCUCCCUCGGCAAGUUCAGGAUCGUGCAAGAAGCGGCCGCCUUUUUGCCACGAGAGGAGCGGGUGGUCGUGUUGGACGCGGUGCAACGCGUGGCCAGAGAAUUCUCUCGUCGCUCGAGGAAGACCGGAAGCGUGUACACAUCCGACUCGCCGAGGCAGCUUUACAGACCGAGGCCGGAGACGGAUCUCUUGGAUUCGCGGCCCCCACGGCCAUUAUCGCCGGAAAUAAGGGAGCGGCGAAUCAUCGCCGAGCAUCAAAAGCAGCUUGAGAAGGAGAUACAAGAAAUGCACGACACUUUGAUACGCGACGCGUUGAGGAGGCAGUUUUCUUCUUGCAACACCUGGGACUCGAAUUCGUUGUCCUCUUUCAACUCAUCGAUAGAUUCCAUAAUGGGGACGAUCACGUUAAGGAGAUAUCGCACUCCAAUUUGGGAUGCCAUUAAAGGGAAUUCGCCGGUUCGGUCGAGUUUACGCGAAAAGCAUAACACGGACAAAGGCAAAUUCAACACGGAGAUGAUCAGUCGAGAGGAGUCACCGACGUGGAGCACAGCUCGAAGGAAGGAAUUGGACUACGCCGAGUCGAAGAAUGAGAACGAGGAAUUGCCAUCUUGGGACGCGCUCGAGGCUACUCUGAAUAGAAGGCUGUGUAAUUACGCCUUGCCAGAAUCCUUGGACGAAGGUGUUGGGGAAAAAUUACGUUACGAACGAACCACGCAGGAAUGAUUCCCCCGUGGAAAAUCACCAUCCGGCGAGGAAAAUGGAGAACAGGCUUUUACCAUACGUUGUGUUGGAGAUGCGUCGUGCGUUCAUCGAUUGCGACGCGAUAUCCAAGCUGGAACGAAAAACGUCGAUGAAUCGAAUUUGCGUCUCGACUAUAGUUUGCCCGCUUUUGGAAAGUCGUCAAAUAAACGUUUCGAGUAUAUUUGGUAGGAAGAUGCUUGUAUCGGGGCUUGUUCAUCGAUGAAACUCGUCGAUGGGAAACUUAAUUCUCGCAGACAACGAGUAACUUCACGCCUCUCGAAAGUGCUCUCGUUUACUCUCGUAAGUACAUAACGAUUACACGGUGACUGUAAACCUCUCGUAAAACUCGAUAGAUAGGAAUUGCGACAUCGGUUUAAAUUUUAAUCCACGCUCGAAAAUGAUUCAGAUCGCGAUUUCAACAAUUCCCUCCCUAUCGAAUUUUCGAAGUGAUUUUUAUUUUUCCUUAUAUUUUUCGUUAAUUAAGAAAACAUCCACGUCUUCGUAUUUUUUUCUCCCCUUUCGGAUCAACGUGGACCGAUUUUAACGAAUACCGACGAGAGUAAAAUUCCCUGGCAAUCUCCUACCUUCCAUCAAUCCUCGCCACCUACUCCGUGAUCGUACAUUUUUAUUAAAGGUCCCUUAAUAAAGCUUCCUUAAGAAGUCUCUCUCCCAAGGUAUUUUUAUUUAUUACGCCGAAAUUGUCGCGCUCCUUGUUGCGUUGCGAAAGGAAAAUAUUAUACACGUUCGGGUCGUGUUUGGCAAAGGUUAUUUGAUCAAUUACAUAAAUAGAAUAGUCGAGUGUCUCUAACACGUGGUCGAUAUAUCCUUUUCUCUUAUUCAUUCGUACGUUCAGUUCGUUUAUUCAUAACCGCGAUUUAUUUUACUCGCUUACUUUAUCGAUUAUCGCCAUUUACUUUUUUCGAUUAUCGCUUUGCCGGCGCGUAUAAAUCAGCAUAUCGGCGUAUUCAAUGGAAGAAAUUUUUUAAAAUAGUUGUUUCGAAACGAGAUUCGACGCACGGGAAAGUUCGGCUCGGUCAACGAUUUAACACGAAUUUGGGGAAACGCGGAUCGAGGGUAAUUGGAAGUAGACAGACAGAGGUUCUCUAUGAGGCCGCGUUUCGAUUAACUAAAUGUAAAAAAAUAUGGGUUUGCCAACGGCCACCUAAAUUGCCAAUUAAACUCGGUGGAAUGAGCAACAUUGUUGGAGCACUAUCGAUGAGCGAUUGACCUUCCACCCACGUGAACUCUAAUCGCGUGAAAUUUCACUGGGGAAAGCUUGAAAUUUGUUUUAACACCCUCCACCCCCUUUUUUCCAUUCUACGCGAUACUUUGAAUAUACGAUCUAAACGAAUAUAUUACAAAGAUAUACAUAUUCAUAAAUGUUGACCUCGAAUAACUACGAUCCCCUCCCACGAUGUAACCUUCCCCACAAUUAACUCCUAAUUCUUCUCCUCUUCUCCAGACCGCUUUCACAAUUGGCGAAUCGAUCGAUCAAGUGCGCAGCGUGACGAGAUACGAGUACAAACAACGAGUACAACGAUGCGUUGUAUCCGUCCUCGAUCGUCACAAGAUCGGGGAGGGGGAUGCAUCGAUUGAAUUCGAUAAGAAGAGAUAAGAAACGGAGCAGCGUGUUCGAUGUUUGGCGGUCAAAGGGUAGGCUGAGGAAGGAGGGCUGAAAAGAAGAAAGGGAACGAGAAAAAUGGAAGCGGGAGCAUCGUCGUCGUCGUCGUCGUCGUCGUCGUCGUCGUGGUAGUCCUGGAGGGUAGUAUAGUAGGCGGGGAGGGGGUAGUGUUGGUUCGGCCGGGCUGCUUCCGUGUAUUCCGGGGGUGGUUUUGGUGCGCGCGCGCACCGGGGUUGCGCCGUGGUUUCAUCUCAGUUUCGCAGCCUCCCUUCCGCGGUCCGCAUCAACUCUGUCGUCGUCGUCGGCGCAGAGGUGUGUCGCCUUGGUGUCCGCGUUUUUCCGCGUUCUAUCUCGCGUUCCACCUCGCCUUGGACGGCCAGCCAUCCCCAGCGUUUUCCAUCUCUCGGACCGGGGUUGGGAUAAAUUUCUUUUUCCUCGGAGUGCGGAGGGGGGGGCUCGAGAAGUGAGAAAUAAAACACCUGUCUUCGUGCGAACAUUCACUAUGUAACCGUGCUCGUAGGUGAUCACGCGACCACCACUCGCAGGACGAUGGUGCGCGAUGCGGAUCCAGGUCCCGACGCGUGUAACCUGGUAAGCGAAUAAUAAUAAUUUUCUCGUCCCGA